GACUUUGCCUUUACUAAAAGGAUGUCACGAAAGGGGAAGACAAACCUGCAAAGAUCAGAACUCCUCAUCAAACCUCCAUUCAUUCCCAUCCGUGGUCCCCUCUAACCCAUAGUAACCUCUUCUUCACCUCGAAAGGCAGCAACAAAACAAAGGACGUCCUCAGUCUGAGUCUGCAGCAUGCCUCCCAAAACUGUGAAAGCAUUGGCUCCUGACCCCACCAAAGUCACGGCAGCCGAGAAGAUCCUUGGAGCUGGCGCGAUUUUCCUUUUUGUGUCCACAUGGAUCGCAUCAAUCUUCUCCCCCUUUAUACUGGCAUCUUCCCUCUGGAAGGGACAGUAUGUGCGUACUGGAGGCAUCAUCUUGAUCACAAUUCUGGCUUAUCUGCCGUGGGAAAAGGGCAAUCUGGCCGCGGAUGCCCACAACGUUAUCUACGGAUACUUUCCCUUGUAUUUCAAGUCUUUGUCGUUGGAGUUUGAAGGGGACGAAUUGCCACCAGAAGCAACAAACAACAAUUCACCCGACAACAAUAAAAGCAAGCAGAAACACCAACAAACAUUCUACGCAAUCCACCCACAUGGUGCCUUUUCCUUUGGUUGGGCCACUCUGUUUUGUCAUUUGCAGAAUGUUCGCUUUUGUUUUGCCCCUCCGUUGUUUGCAUCUCCAUUUUUCCGACUCUUUACUCGCAUCGUGGGCAAACCGGGAAGUGCCGGCAAGGCGGCCAUGAUAUCCUACAUGCGAAAAGGGGAAGACUUGGCAUUGCCACCAGGAGGAUUUGAAGAAGCCACUCUGACUUGUCCAGGCAAAGAUCGAGUCUACAUCAAGACACGGGCUGGUUUUGUCAAACUCUGUCUACAGCAUGGAAUUGCCAUUCGGCCGGUCUAUGUCUUUGGUGAACAUGGAUUGUACUGGAAUAUACAAGGUGCUUGGGACUUUCGUAUCAACACACUCAACAAAAAAAUGGGGAUGCCUGCCAUUGUGACUUGGGGGCAUCCUCUGGUACCUUUACUGCCACGGAACACGGUGGAUAUGAAAAUUGUGGUAGGGGCUCCCAUUGAGUUGCCCAAAAUUGAAACUCCCACCAAAGAAGAAGUGAGCAAAUGGCAUUCCAAGUACAUGACAGCACUACAAAAGCUAUACGAAGAUCACAAAGAAGCUGCCUAUGGAUCAGAAGUGGCCAAAACCUCCAAACUGGAAGUAUGGUAGUCAUCAUCACUGCACGGUAGACAACAAACAAAGCGGAGAAAGUGAUGAACGGCAAGCAAUGAUGUUUACUGUGAAGGCUGCAAUCAUGUUGUGUUUCAAUCAGAUUUCAUCUCGAUUCCAACAUCACCCACUUUUACGGAAGAGUCCAUGCCCACUGUUCGACUGGGAGUCUGGCGGGCCGUAUUUCACUUUGAUCUCGGUGUGGCCUACUGGUAAUUAGAUUAGAUUCUUGCGGUGCAGCGAGACGUGUGACUACCGGUGUGGUUCUUUAGAAGUAUGAUUACUGCUUUCCUCUCAGGAAGCUGCUUAUUAUAAUAUUUAGUUAUCCUGCUUUC